UUGCCUGCUCUGAGCCUCUGAUGGAUCAACAGCAGAGAAUGGAAAGACCGCUUUUGGGCGAUCGAGCGGCGGCAAAUAAGAAGAGUCGGAGAAGAGCUGCUUGGGUGUUCGUUACAGUUCUCAUAUUUAUUGUGUUAGGCCUUGUAGUUUACCACGGUUCAGCCUAUUGGGGACUGAGAGAGGAGAAGUACGAACAGAGGAGAGAUGCAAACGACGUUGCUGAAUCGGAGAAUGGCGUCGUUGCUGCAGACGACGGCCGUUGCUCUGACAUUGGCGUAUCUGUGCUUAAAGAUGGUGGCCAUGCGGUUGAUGCUGCAGUGGCAACAGCAUUGUGUUUGGGUGUUGUCAAUCCAAUGUCUAGUGGAAUUGGAGGUGGUGCCUUCAUGGUUGUUCGAUCUUCAUCAACCUCGCAAGCUGAAGCUUUUGACAUGAGAGAGACAGCUCCAUUAGCAGCUUCAAAGGACAUGUAUGAAAAUAAUCCUCAAUCAAAGUACAUAGGUGCACUUUCCAUGGGCGUUCCAGGGGAGAUAGCGGGCCUUCGUGAAGCAUGGUCAAAAUAUGGACGAUUGGCAUGGAAGUCUCUUUUCCAACCUGCCAUACGGCUUGCUAGAGAUGGGUUUGUAGUUGCUCCUUAUCUUGGUUCAGCUAUUAAGAAGAGUGAGAAGCUGAUCAUGGCUGACCCUGGCUUACGAAAAGUGUUUGCACCAAAUGGGAAAUUGUUGAGACCUGGGGAUACUUGCUACAACGUUGAGCUUGGGCACACUUUAGAGGCAAUUGCAGAAAAUGGGCCGCAAGCAUUCUACAAUGGGACCUUGGGAGAGAAUUUUGUGAGGGAUGUGAGACAAGUUGGGGGGAUUUUGACAAUGGAAGACUUGAGGCAUUACAAGGUGGAGAUAACAGAUGCAAUGGCUGUCAAUGCUAUGGGUUACACCAUACUGGGAAUGCCUCCUCCUUCAAGUGGAACUCCAGGGCUGGCUCUUGUUCUGCACAUUUUAGAUGGCUACGGAUCAGCAGAUGCCGUAAAGGGACCGUUGAGACUGCAUCGCUUGAUUGAGGCAAUGAAGCACAUGCUUGCUCUCCGGAUGAACUUAGGCGACCCUGAUUUUGUCAAUGUAACUGACUACAUUACUGAUAUGCUGUCCCCAUCCCUUGCCAAGAGUCUCCAGCAGAAAAUAUUCGACAACACAACAUUUCCUCCUGAUUACUACAUGAACAGAUUUAGUCAGCUAAGAGACCACGGAACCAGCCACUUCUGCAUUGUUGACUCAGAUAGGAAUGCAGUAUCAAUGACAACAACUGUAAAUUAUUAUUUUGGGGCAGGAGUUCUCUCUCCCUCAACUGGUAUUGUACUGAACAAUGAAAUGGAUGACUUCUCCACACCAACUGAGAUCUCUGUAGAUAAACUCCCUCCAGCACCCGCAAAUUUUGUAGAACCCAGAAAGAGGCCUUUAUCUUCCAUGACACCCAUCAUCAUUCUCAAGGAUAAUCAGUUGGCCGGGGUUAUAGGUGGGAGUGGUGGUAUCUUCAUCAUUCCGGCGGUGACUCAGGUGUUUCUCAACCAUUUUGUUUUGGGAAUGGAACCUCUCGCUGCUGUUCAGUACCCGAGGGUCUAUCACGAGUUAGUACCUAACAAGGUCUUGUACGAGAAUUGGACCGUGAUCGAUGGUGACCAUAUUGAACUCUCCGAUGAUAGAAAGGUUUUCUUAAAGGAGAGGGGACAUGAAUUGAAGGCUCAAGCAAAGGGGGCCAUAUGCCAGCUCGUUGUACAGACCCUUGCAAGCCCCCUCAUUGAUACCACAAGAAAGAUUGGGGGGCAGCCUAACAGUGGCCAAGUUUUCCAUGGAAUGCUUACUGCUGUAAGUGACCCCAGAAAAGAUGGAAAACCCGCUGGUCUCUGAUUUAUUUUUGGGUAAAUGACA